AUGGAAAAGCCCACGGAGUCAUCAGACAUGAUAAAGGAUAUAAAAGGAAAGGAAAAAAUAGAAAUUAACGACAUACUCCCAAAGUUCCCAAAACUCUCAUACCUGGAUGCGGUUUUCGGAAAAGAGAUUCACAAUUAUUGGGGAAACCGCGUUCUCGAACACACCAAUUCUAAAGGCGAGCUGCUAGCCUUGAAGGUCAGCGACCCAGAUGGCUUAGAUCGCUCCCAGGGCGAAAUGAUGAGUUACGCGGCAGAGCACGGUGUAUUGGCUCCCCGAGUAUUUGGAACCUACGACAUUGUUACCAAAAAGCCUAUCGCGCGUGUUAUGGUCAGCGAGCGAGUUCCUGGUAUACCCCUAGUAGAUGUCUGGAGGGAUAUGUCCCAGGAUGAUCAGACUUCCAUCAAAGAGCAGCUUCGCGCUCAAAUACGACAUAUGCGCACUCUAACACAGCCAUUUAUCGGCCGCAUUAACAAACAACCUACUCGUAACUUGUACGACACCACUUUUACUAGAUACUGUGGCCCCUUUGAAGAUGAAAAGUCAUUUGAUGAAUGGUGUGUCAAUCGACUCUACGGAAGAGUGUUUCAGCAUAAGAAAUGGGAGAAGAUACUAGAGAAACAGCGACGCACCUCGUCUGGGAGAUUUGUCCUGACCCACGGUGAUCUUUCACCACGCAAUAUUCUUGUGCAGGGCAGUACCAUUACAGGAAUAAUUGACUGGGGACUAAGCGGUUUCUUUCCUGAACAUGUUGAGUAUGCCACAGCCGUGGGGCUUAAUUCUGGGAUGGAAAAAUGGUGGAUUCCUGUAUUAAAAGAGGUGUUGGAGCCAUGUUCAAAAGAUAUGAUCAAAUUUACUGGUCUAAUCGAGGAGAGGGUUGGCUCAUAUUGA